GCGGCUUUGUUGGCUCGGAGGGGAGCGGCGCCUCGGCGAGAGCCCACCAUGGUGCAGCAGGCGGAGAGUACGGAGGCGGAGGGCAACCUGCCCCGGGAAGCGAUGGACACCGAGGAGGGCGAGUUCAUGGCUUGCAGCCCCGUCGCUUUAGACGAGAGCGACCCGGACUGGUGCAAAACGGCGUCGGGGCACAUAAAGAGACCGAUGAACGCCUUCAUGGUGUGGUCCAAGAUCGAGCGGAGAAAAAUCAUGGAGCAGUCCCCGGACAUGCACAACGCGGAGAUCUCCAAGCGCCUGGGCAAGCGGUGGAAAAUGCUGAAGGACAGCGAGAAGAUCCCUUUCAUCCGGGAGGCGGAGAGGCUGCGGCUCAAGCACAUGGCUGAUUACCCCGACUACAAGUACCGUCCCAGGAAAAAGCCCAAAAUGGACCCGUCGGCCAAGCCCAACGCCAGCCAAAGUCCCGAGAAAAACGCGCCCGCGAGCAGCGGCGGCAGCAAGAGCGCCAAGAGCUCCAGCAAGAAGUGCAGCAAGCUGAAAGCCUCCUCCGGCUCCUCGCCCCCCAAGCCGGGAGCCAAAGCCGCCCACCACGGGGACUACGCGGGAGACGAGUACGUCUUCGGCACCCUGAAAGUGAGCAGCAAGACGGUCAAGUGCGUCUUCAUGGACGAGGAGGAGGAGGACGACGAGGACGAGGAUGAGCUGCAGCUGCGGAUCAAGCAGGAGGCGGAGGAGGAGGACGAGGACGAGGAGCCGGGGCCGCAGCAGCUGCGGCGGUACAACGUGGCCAAAGUGCCGGCCAGCCCCACCUUGAGCUCCUCGGCGGAGUCCACCGAGGGGGCCAGCCUGUACGAGGAGGUGCGGGGCGGCGCCGCGGCGGCGGGCGGCGGCAGCAGACUCUACUACAGCUUCAAGAACAUCACCAAGCAGGGCCCGCCGCCGCCGCAGCAGCCGCCCGGCCUCUCCCCGGCCUCCUCCCGCUCCAUCUCCACCUCGUCGGCCGGCAGCGAGGAGGCGGACGACCUGCUCUUCGACCUCAGCCUCAACUUCUCCCAGCACGGCCACGCCGCCGCCGAGCUGGGGGCGGGCGCCGCCGGCGGCAACCUCUCCCUCUCGCUGGUGGACAAGGACCUGGACUCCUUCAGCGAGGGCAGCCUCGGCUCCCACUUCGAAUUCCCCGACUACUGUACCCCGGAGCUGAGCGAGAUGAUCGCGGGCGACUGGCUGGAAGCGAACUUCUCCGACCUGGUGUUCACGUACUGAGCGGGGGCGGCGGCC